UUGAGAGAGAGUGAGUUUCCAUUCCGGGGCAAAUUUGUGAGAGAGAGAGAGAGAGAGAGAGAGAGAGAGAGAGAGAGAGAGAGAAUUUCCACUCCAGGGCAAAUUUGUAGUUUAAAUAAAAAUUGUACAUUGUGGGUGUACCGAGUCCCAUUUGUAAUUUUUGUGCUAGAGGCUCCACAACCCUUUUUUUCGAUCGUCAACUCCAAGACCCUUGUUAAAUCUCCGAUUUCUCUCGCCACUGUGUAUCUCUCCGCCCUAUCCCUAUCUAUCCCGCUCCAAAUGGCGACUCUUAACCUCUCUCUCCUCCCCAAAACCCUAAGGACCCCACUCUCCACUUCAACCCUACCUCUGGCCGCCGCCCCAUCUCGCUCCGCUAGCACCGUACACUUGAACCCCACUACUCCGCGUGGCAGUCUAGUACUACUCCGGGCCGCCGUCGAUGGAAACCGCACCGCGAAGCAGAGGAGCAGCGGAAGCAACGAGCCCGGAGACACGAUAAUGCUGCCGGGGUGUGACUUCAACCACUGGCUCAUAAUCAUGGAGUUCCCCCAGGACCCUGCUCCCACCAGGGACCAGAUGAUUCAGACCUACCUCGAUACUCUCGCCACCGUCCUCGGAAGUAUGGAAGAAGCAAAGAAGAACAUGUAUGCUUUUAGUACCACAACCUACACUGGAUUCCAGUGCACUGUAUCCGAAGAAACAUCUGAGAAAUUCAAAGAAUUGCCUGGAGUUCUUUGGGUACUGCCCGACUCAUAUAUAGAUGUUAAAAACGAGGAUUAUGGAGGAGAUAAGUACAUCAAUGGGGAAAUAAUACCUAGCACAUAUCCUACUUAUCAACCAAACCAACCUAAAAGCCGAUCGAAGUACGAGAGUAAAAGGUUUGUGAGAAAACGAGAUGGCUCUGCUGCAGACCAAGGAAAACCAAGACGAGAGGCAAAUUCUUCAGAGUCUACCCCUUGAUUAGGUUAUCACUGUUUCGUACCAGAGAAGAAUUGCCGUGUAAAAUGGUGAUAUUUCUUUUUAUCCAUGUUUGGUGGACAGGCAUACAUAGAUAUGGAAAACCAGCUCUAUAUUUGAGAUUGGGCCAAGUGCUAUGUAUGGUAUUUACUUAUCUGUUCCACAAGCUACGUUGUGAGGAGUAGUUGGCUGUCCUUUAUGAGUAUGUAGCAUAGACCAAGUUUUGAUUCGAAGAUUUAUAAUUCCCCUCGGUAAUGUCCUCUCCUCUGGCAUUUUAGCUA